AUGCCACCGCGACGGGGUGCUAGCUCGCUGAGCCCGCACGACGCACCCCCGUCCUCGACGCCAGCCUCACCCGCGAACCCACACUUCCCUCCAUUGCGCUCCAAUUCUCCCUCGGGACUGACCCAAUUCUUAUCCAAACCUUCCAAGUGGUUUGGAAGGAAACCUCUCGAUACGCGUGCCGUAUCUGCCGCCAAUGAAGCCCCGCUCCAGCAUCAAUGCCAGCAGAUCCGUUGCCGACCUCAUCUUUGCAUCCAAAACAAUCGCUGGACGUUCUCCACGUACCCUCUUCCCCGUCCCGUUCAAAUCGACCGAGUACAAGUGGCGGUCUCGGUGACCUUCGGGCAAUUUCGAGCAAAGCAUGGUCAAGACACUCCGUUCCAUGACCGUGUCCGGGAGUAUCGCAACAGGAGCAACAGCAGCGCCACACUUCAGCCUGUUUCGCCAAGUGACAGCGCUGCAUCUGCCAGCCCUACGCAUCGCCCAUUUCCUUCUACUGCAUCGACUGUUCCUCUUUCGUCUUCACCUCCAAGCGAUCAGCCUCCUCUUGCAGAACCUAGUAUUUCCAUCUCCGUGUCUUCACCAACCACAGAGACAUUCGCUGCCGAUGAGCCUUCGACCCCUACUACGCGCAUACACUCGUUUGCGCCACGGUUGCCCACGAAACUGUCCGCAUCCAAGCUAAAUCUUCCCGCCACCAGCCCAAAGCGAAAGGAAUCUGGCGACUCCAUGAAAGAUGGUGUUGGCAACAUCAGCACUAUAGUCUACAGCUCUGGCUUUCUAAAUCGCAUGGCGGAUGCGCCACUGGUGAACACACAGUCACGGCCCUACAGUACUGCGUUGAACUUCACUCUGGCUAAGGGGUGGAAGCCUUUCAAGUCAGAGCUGAAGGGAUCGAAGUUGUAUUUCUACAAACCGCCGAGCGACAGGAGUGCGGCCGUCAAGGAGCUGUUUCCUACUGGCAUCGUUCCUCCAAGUUCUGAAGAGGAAGUCGUCACCGAAACCGAGCCAUCUGAAGAAGGGGGAAGGACCUCGCGAAAUAGAGAAGAAGGCACCAUUGGAAGGAAGAAGCGGGCUUACUGGGGCAGACGGACUCACCCACAGCUCAUCGUUGGUGAGGGCGGUGUUGAAAAAGGAACUUUCGAAGCCCUCAUUCACGAAGCCGUGUUUGCGACGACGUUCGUGCUGCCGCUCAGCGAUGAAGAAAAUUUCGAUCAACUUGAACUAGGUGAGGACAGGAGAAAGCCAGGCUGGAAGGACCUGUCCGCUGCCGUCCUUCUUUGCCUUCCUACACAAGUGGACCGGUCCAAAUUCGAGAGCGAAUUCACUCGUUGUUGUAUGAACUUGGUGAACGGUGCAGAUGAUGACACCAAGGAAGUUGAACGAGCCAGGGUAACCUGGCUCGCCCAGGAGUACCUCAGAUACCACAAGAUACCAAGUGAUUUACCUGGAUGGGAGGAAUUUAAAUCCGCCAUUAUACCCGAUUUUGUCGCAGAACCAACAGACGAACCCUCGGCAACAAAACACGAAGCCACCGAGGGGGUAUAUGCGCAGUCUCCGGGUUCUCCUCGACCUCAGGGGGGACCAAAGAUGGCGUCAUUGAUCGAAGCACUGGGAACGCCAAGUCGUGUCCUCCCCGCUUCUCCUUCCAGCAAGACAUUGAAUCCCAAGCAGCAGCGUCCUCAGAUUCCAUUCUCCGAGCCAGACGAAAAGAGCAAGGGUUGGUCAACGCUGGUUCGUGAUGGCUUCACCCGCGAAGUCUUGUCCCUCCUCGAUCCCAACACCGUCGCUGUCAGUCUCCAAAUCUUCCAUCGGCGUACUAUAGAAAAACUACAUCGUGAUAUCGAUGCAGCUCACAUUUUUGGCACUGAGCAAGCCUCUGGGGAAUCAGGAGCGUCUACUGGCCAGUCUUCGCCGUGCCAUCAGUUGUUUGGGAGCGACGAUAAUCCUCACUGGCUAACUAGGUUACUGGUCAUGCAGAUCCUAGCGCUAGCGGGGUUGCGGAACGCAAUACUCAAACCACCACCCGCAGCCAUUCGCGUUCAGGAGGUCAUCUCCGUAUGGGCGCGAAUUGGAGAACUCUGCCGGGCCGCUGGUGACGAAUGUUCCUGGCAAGCCAUAUUGCAUGCGCUGUGCUCGCGUCCGGUAGCGCGAUUGACCAAAGCCUGGAAACGCGUGGACAGACAGAGUUUGCUUGCUGUGGAGUCAUGGGUCUACCCUGAAAACGGUGGCCAUCCUGCCGUUGCUCGCGUGCCCCCUUCGACUGCUUGGGGAGGAGACUUGAACGAGCAGAUCCGAAAGCUUUUGAACCAGGCCAGCAACGACGGCGAAGAACACUGGCUAGUGCCUUCGAUGAUGAAAGCGAGGGAAUUAUUUAACGAUCUGAGGGCAAAGGUUUUAAUGUGUGCCAAUUCCUCUGUGGACGGUGGCUCUCCAACACAAGAUGUUGAAAAAUUGGCCUCUUUUUGGAAUGAAUAUUCGCAAGGGGCAAGUGGGCAGAGUGCAUUUUCGCUCAAGUUUCAGAGAAUCGAUCAGUUUAUGUCACUUUCCUUGGCUGCGGAGCCACGCCGGAAGGGUCUAUUCGAGCCUUACUUCUGGUCUCAGGCUUCCUCGGAACCACUACCGGCAGUUUCUCUCCUUGAACGGAGUCAGAUAUGGAGAGGUCGCCUCGAGAGCGGUCCGACCAAGUUCAGCGUGGAAGAAUUGCAACAAAUACGUAGUCUUGAUAUGUCUCUCCGUUCUCCCGGUAGUAAAGACAAGCUAUUUAACGUUGGGGAUGUGGACCUCCGCGGCACGGCUAUACCAGUGUAUGACGGGGAACUAAUUGUCGUCGCACGUCCGGACAAAGACCCCGGACCCACUUCUCGGCCUGCUUCACGUGCACCAUCGCGGCCCCCUAGUUCGGUUGUUGAUGGCUCAGGAAAUGAGAAGGUCAUGACGCGUUCGCCCUCUAUCCGAGUUAAACCAGGUUCCUCGCAAGGUCUUGAGCGAAAGAGCAGCGUAGCGCGGAGAAAUUCCUUACCUUCAAUAUCGUCGCGACCGAAUCCAGUCAUCACCGAGGUUUCGUCCGAACGACCUAUUCGAGUGUUGGUCCAAGCAGGAACUUUGGACCGACUGGUGAAUGUGCUUAUCCACGGACUGCAAGGCGUUUCCGUCGCCGUCGCAGACGACAACGGAGAGACCUCUUUGAGGGACGGUAAUACCAGAGAUUUGAUUGUCGACCAUGCUGAUUUUUCGAGGGUGUGGUGGACCGUGUUCCGAAGCUUUGUCACGCCGAUCGUUUUCUUUGAGCUCCUGAGUAAACGCUUUGUCUGUAGCAGACCUUCCAGUAACUCGUCUUCUGGUGGACCAGUGCAAGUGCUGCGGUAUCAGUCGGAGAUUCUGGCAACCGUGAAAGAGUGGGUUACGACGGGUGGUGGUGGACAAGACUGCCUCGAUGAUACGUCGCUGUAUGAGACAGCCCGAACAUUCUUGGAAAAACCUCUGGACCGUUCCGAAUUGGAUUCACUCCCAACUAAUGAGGACCCUGAACUUCUGCAAGCAUGGAAGGCGCUGGAGACGAUGAAGAAUGAGACGCUCGCUACUUUUAUAUCCCACACUUUACGACCUCCAGCCCUUGUCGUGGCCAAUCCAAGACCAGUCAAUACAUUUGGACAGUCUCGCACGUUUGGAAGUCAAGUGCCAGAUAUCGAUCACGUUAGCGCGGAAGACUUAGUCGAUAACUUGAAUGCGAUGGGUCUUGCUGCUUUCAGCAAUGUCACGGAGGAGGACCUCUUCACUGCAGCGGAUUUGCUCGAAGUGCAAAGCGCCGACCGUACUGGCUGGUUCACAUCUCGUGACCCUGGCUACACAGAUGACGUGGACAUUCAAACGAUGUACUCGCAUCUCCUGGAUGUGGAGCCGUCCCCGAUGAUAUCCGAGCUAUCUCAAGACUCCGUUUAUCGUCUCCUACCACCCGGUAUCAGAAGCUGCGUCCGAGCCUACAGUAUUCUCCGAAAAUGGCUCAUAUCAAAGCUGGUUGCCCCCAAGCUCGGGGUCAGACAACGUCAAAAUAGAAUGGAUCUUUGUCUGCGUGUUUUGGAAAUUGCCCGAUUACGCAACCUGGACAGAGGUGCUGCCUCGUUGGGGCCAGCCGACCGAGCAUGCGUGCGAUCGUUCGUUGAAGCUGUAGUCACGGCUGCCGUCCUCAGCCCCGAGAGCCGUAUGCAUCAUCGUCCAUGGCAAAAUGUGGCCAACAUUCGUGGUGUUCAGUGUGACAGCCUGACUGCGCUCCUUUCGAGGCAGACUGUACCGAAGAAGUCGUACGGCGAUGCUCUCGUUGUCGAUAUUAGUUGGCUGCUGGAACGUAUUCUGGAGAUCGUCAGCGUUCCUAAUACUGUAAGCGUAUCGCAGGACAAUCCUCAGUGUAUCAUCAAUCUCGACAAAAGGAGGCAUCUGUGCGAUUUGAUACUCAAUUCCCAGUCGCUCUCGUCCAGGGGAGGUCGCUUGCGCGAUGACGUUGAUCGUAAGGACUUCGAGCGCCUUUAUAAUAUCGAGAAAGAAGUCUCAGCGCUCCGCUUUGACCAUCGAUCUAUCAAGGACGAAGCACAAAAGGAAGCGUUGCAAGCCCAAGCCGGCGGUUCGACGCCAGCAAAGAAGACCCGUCCCUUCCAGCGACUUGUUGCCUUCCAGCAGGAGAAGAAUAAACGAGACAAGUACCUGCACGACCGACUUAGCAAAGACAAGAAACAGGAGCAACUUCGUAACGAGAGGCGAGACGACUACCUGAACAAGGCGAUGCGGCCUCGCAAGCCAAUGACCCAAGCACAAAAGCAACACCGCAUCAAAAAGAGUUACUCGUCUGCCUUUUUCCAGUUGAUGCGACCUAUCUCGAGCGCCUUCACGGACAAUACGCAUUCGUUCGCCACGAAGAAAACUCCAGCUGAGCUAGACUUCACGCCAUCGGGGAAGCCAUCUUUAGUUCUUUCUGUGGUGGAUGCCAAGGUCACCCAAGUUGUCAAUAACGAGAGGUCCUAUGUAUUCCAGUUGGACACGGAGGACGGUGGACACUACCUGCUGCAAGCAAAUUCCAAACCUGAAAUGGUGAGGUGGAUGGACCAGAUUAAUAAGGUUUCCAAGACAGCUGCGAAACGACGUCUCACGUAUCUCGGCAACUCUCCAAAGCCUCAGUUGUCUGAUCAUAUCCAUGACCAUAUUGUCGCACCCUCGGCAUCUAGACAUCCCACAGCAGUGUUUGGAGUUGAACUAGACUUCUUACUCCAGCGAGAGGCGGGUGGUGCGGAUGUCGAACCUGGGACUAUUCCAUCUGUGAUUCGCAGGUGCCUGUAUGAGGUCGAGAGCCGUGGUUUGAGCGAGGUCGGGAUUUAUCGUAUUGCUGGGGCGGCCUCGGAAGUCAACAGUCUUCGCGAGGCUUUCAACAAUGGUGAAAUGCCAAUCACGGAAAGCACAGAUAUUCAUGCGGUGUGCGACUUGAUAAAGUCGUGGUUCCGUUUAAUGCCAGAACCUGUCUUCCCAUCUUCUGCAUACUUUGGAAUUAUUGAAGCUAUAAAAAUUGAAAACCUCAACGCACGACUUGCCUGUAUUCGCCAUAUCGUCCGCCAUUUACCGCAAGCGAACUUUGAUCUACUCAAGCGAGUCGCAGAGCAUCUCGAUAAAGUCACCGAUUAUGAAGAGUACAACCAAAUGACUGCUGAGGCCCUGGCAAUCGUCUUCAGCCCCAACCUGUUACGUGCGCCAAAGAACGACUUCGCGCUUAUCUUGGCCAACAUGGCUUACACUCACAAGCUUGUCAAAGCUCUUAUCACUCAUUUCCAUGUCAUAUUUGACGAAGAUCACGAGGGCGAAAAUGAUGCGGAAGAAGAUGAAAUGGAAGAGCCGAUCCUUGAAGAAGAUGAAGAAGACGAGGAGGACAUGCCAUCUCAAACAGUGGAAGAAGAGUGA